UCCGGUUAAAUUGGGGUCAAACAGAGGGGAUUGUACAUUACAAGACAUCACAAUGCUUAUACGAAGGGUGUUACAAUGUGGAGUGACAGCUUUAAAGUCAUGCAGGACCAUUCACCACAGUGCUCAAUGGAGGAGUCCUCUCAUACCUAUUGUUGUGGAGCAGACGGGUCGAGGAGAGCGGGCGUAUGACAUCUACUCUCGUCUUCUGAGGGAGAGGAUCAUCUGUGUAAUGGGGCCGAUUGAUGACUCUGUGGCCAGUCUGGUUAUUGCUCAACUACUCUUUCUGCAGUCAGAGAGCAACAACAAACCCAUCCACAUGUACAUCAACAGUCCUGGCGGUGUUGUGACGGCAGGCCUAGCCAUCUACGACACCAUGCAGUACAUCCUCAACCCAAUCUCCACGUGGUGUGUGGGCCAGGCGGCCAGCAUGGGCAGUCUUCUCCUGGCUUCGGGCACGGCCGGCAUGAGGCACUCCCUGCCCAACGCUCGCAUCAUGGUGCACCAGCCCUCCGGAGGAGCCAGGGGUCAGGCUACAGACAUCGCCAUUCAGGCUGAGGAGAUCAUGAAACUAAAGAAACAGAUCAAUCAACUCUAUGCUAAACACACUGGCCAGCUGUUGACACAUAUAGAGGGUGUGAUUGAGAGAGAUUGUUACAUGAGCCCCAUUGAGGCGCAGGACUUUGGGAUCAUCGACCGAGUGUUGGUGCAUCCUCCCCAGGCGGGCCAGGACGACCCAGAGCUGGUCCAGAAGGAGCCCCCUACCGCCAUCUGCCCCUCGCCAGCCUCCCAAACCUCUGCCACCGAGCAGAGCCCCCCCGGGACCAUCCCCCCCUCCUCAUACAAACCCGAACCCUGACCUCAGACUACCAGGAAGCAGUCCCACACCCAAUCACAAGCCAUCCUCUAUCUUCUACCCACCUAUAGGCACUUCUGUAGAUCGGAUUGGACAGGUGCAAGCAAUAUGCUGAUGUCCUGUAAAUCCAAAUGUAUUGGAGUGGAUACUAAUAUGCGAGAAGUUGCAGCGUAGCCUACCAGAGGGCAAAGUGGAGCUAUUACUAUAUUGCUUAUACCUGUCCAAUCCUUUGAUCUACACAAGUGCUCUGGGUGGAUAGGGGCCGGUUUGGAACAGAGGACCUGCAUUGAAUACCUCUUUGCUGGAGAAACCUCUGGGAGAGGAGGCAAAAUGCAGCAGUAUUAGAAUAUUUACAUUUAAGAAUGAUCAUUUUUGACCAAUCUCAGAUUUGUACUGUCCCCCAUAAUAUGCACACUGUAUUUACCACAAACAAAGACUGCAGAUCUCUACAGUGAAGGAAACAAUAUAGCCCCCAUUUGUACAAGCCAUGACACAAUUAUGAUGUUGAUUUUCAUGAACUGGAAUAAAAUAAAUUUUCUUUGAGUCACACACCCAAUCUGGGCUUGUACUCAUAAAGCAUCUAACAGUAGGAGUGUUGAUCUAGGAUCAGUUCCUCCUGUCCAUGCAAUCUUAUUCAUUAUGACAGACAAGGCAAAACUGAUUCUAGAUCAGCACUCCUACUCUUAAUGCUUUAUGAAUACAGGCUCUGAUGUAAAAACUGAUUAUAAUUGUAUCAACGCUUGAUUCAAGUCUGUAACAAGUAAAGUGUUUUGAUUGCCUCAGUGAUAA